UUCUCCUCCCCCGACUUCGACUUCGACCCCUCCAACGAAUCCAUGGCGAUCGAGACGGCGCCCGCCGCGCCACACGGCCUCCUGGGCCCUCCGGUAGUUCGCGGCGCGCGCCCGCCCGCCGACUACACCACCGAGCCCACGUCCCACCCCUUCCUCGACCUCCUCGACGCGGCCUUCAACGCGCCGUCGGACGCGGAGAUCAAGGCGGCGAUGACGCCGCGGCGGGCGCUCACGGAGAACUGCUCGGCCACGUACGCCAACUCGGGCAACCCCUGCCUCGACUUCUUCUUCCAGGUGGUGCCCGACACGCCGCCCGAGCGCGUGCGCGGCCUGCUCGCCGCCGCCUGGGCCCACGACGCGCUCACGGCGCUCAAGCUCGCCUGCAACCUCGGCGGCGUCCGCGGCACCGGCAAGUCGGACAAGGAGGGCUUCUACGCCGCCGCGCUCUGGAUGCACGAGCACCACCCCCGGACGCUCGCCUGCAACGUCGCCGCGCUCGCCGAGUUCGGCUACCUCAAGGACUUCCCCGAGCUGCUCUUCCGCCUCAUCCACGGCCCCGACGUGCGCAAGGUCGCCAAGGCGGCUGCCGAGGCCGAGAAGGCGCGGAAGAAGGAGAAGGCGCUCGGCGGGCGGCGGGCGGCCCUCCGCACCAGGUUGGCCAGCCGGCGGAGAAGGAGGAGGUUCGUCUGUCUCGACGAAGACGAACUGGACUCUGUGCCACUGCCACCGCUGCCACCCAAGCCCACCUUCGGCGAUUUCCUCGCCGCUGCGCUCUACCAAUCCAUGCAGAGCAAGGCCGUAGUGGUUGAGGCCGUCCCUGUCUCCGUCGCAGUCCCGGAGGCAGCCGAGCAGAUGCCGGAGGCGAUGGAGGCCACCCUUGUCUCCGUCGUGGCCCCGGAGGCAGCCGAGCAGAAGCCGCAGGCGAUGGAGGUCGUCCCUGACCCCGUCGCGGUCCCGGAGGUGAUGGAGGUGGAUCAGAAGAAGACCUCCCCACGUAAGCAGCAGAUGUCCAAGAAGGUCUGGAAGGUGGCCAAGCUCGCCGUGCAGUCGCUGGAGACGUACUACGGCGACCGGGCCUACCGUUUCUUGUUCACUGCCGUCGCGGACUUCUUCGCCGCGCUCCUCACCUCGGACCUCGAACAGCUUGCCCACGGCGGGAAGAAGAUGAAGAUCGGGCUCGCCGCCAAGUGGUGUCCCACGCCGGGCUCGUCGUUCGACCGCACCACGCUGCUCUGCGAGGCCAUCGCUCGUCGCCUCUUCCCGCGCGACUCGGAGCCCGAGUACGCCCAACUCUCGGACGAGCACUACACGUACUGCGCCCUCCACCGCCUCCGCCGCCAGGUGCUCGUGCCGCUGCGCAAGGUCCUGAAGCUUCCGGAGGUGUACAUGAGCGCGCAGUGGUGGUCCGAGCUCCCCUACACUCGAGUGGCCUCGGUGGCCAUGAGGCGCUACAAGCUCCUGUUCAAGAAGCACGACGAGGUGCGCUUCGGCAGGUACAUGGAUGACGUGAAGGCCGGCAAGGCCAAGAUCUCGGCGGGCGAGCUCCUGCCACACGAGAUCGCCGCGGCCGCAUUCCAUGGCCAGGAGGACGACGUCUCGGAGCUUCAGUGGCGCCGCAUGGUGGACGACCUCCGCGCCAAGGGGUCGCUGCGCAACUGCAUCUCCGUCUGCGACGUGUCCGGCAGCAUGACCGGCACCCCGAUGGAGGUGUGCAUCGCGCUGGGGGUGCUCACGUCGGAGCUCAGCGAGAAGCCGUGGAAGGGCAAGGUGAUCACGUUCCAUUCAAGGCCCUCGAUCCACCUGAUCAAAGGCGAUACCCUGCGGGAGAAGAUGAAUUUCGUGGAGCGCUUGGAGUGGGGCGGGAGCACCAACUUCCAAGGGGUGUUUGACCAGAUCCUCCGCACGGCCGUGGACGCCGGACUCGCGCCGGAGAAGAUGGUCAGGACCGUGUUCGUGUACAGCGACAUGGAGUUCAACAUGGCGUCGGGCGCCUACUUCGCCAGGGGGCCGUCGUGGGACACUGACUACGAGGUGAUCUGCAAGAAGUUCAGGGCCGCCGGCUACGGCGACGUGGUGCCGCAGAUCGUCUUCUGGAACCUGCGCGACUCCAGCUCGAUGCCGGUGAUGUCGACCCAGCCCGGGGUGGCCAUGGUGAGCGGCUUCUCCAAGAACAUCCUCAAGAUCUUCCUGCAGAACGACGGCGGGGUGAACCCCGAGGCCAUCAUGAUGCAGGCCAUCGCCGGCGACGAGUACCAGAAGCUGGCCGUGUUCGACUAG